CCGCUGCUUGUGACAGAAUACUUUGUCGAUAAAAGAUACUUCUACUUGAUAUUUUUCCAUACAAAUGCAGCCUUUUUUAUUGGGUUAAUUGCAAUGAUAGGGACAGGAACAAUGUUCAUAGUUUACUUACAACAUGCAUGUGGAAUGUUUCAAAUUGCCUGUUAUCGUAUCGCACGUACAAUGACACUCGAAACUCUACGAAAAAACAGCUUUCAAAACGAAUAUUUGAUAUACAAGGGAUUAAUUUGUGCUGUGGAUAUGCAUCGCAAAGCUAUGAAAUUUUCUAACUCGACAAUAUCUAGAUUUAAAAUAAUGUUCGCCCUUUUGAUAAUAACCGGUGUAAUAUGCGGAAGUCUUAAUGUUUUUCUGAUUUUUCAGAUGACAUCCUUUGAAUGUGAUAUUGAAGAACUUUCAUUACGAUUAAUAUUUAUGAUGUAUCUCUUGUCUUACAUGUUUGUAGGCAACUAUAUUGCGCAAGAAAUUAUGGAUCAUAAUAAUAAUGUUUUUGUCACUGUGUACAACGGUCAGUGGUACGUAGCUCCGUUGCAAAUACAAAAAAUGAUACUGUUUCUCUUGCAAAGAGGUACCAAGGCGUUCACUAUGAAUAUUGCUGGACUGUUCGUGGGAUCAUUAGAAGGUGCUGCUACGUUGUUCAGUACUGGAUUAUCGUUUUUUACCGUUCUUUAUUCUGUGCGGAAUUGACCAAAAAAAUCAACUAAUAGUAAAAUAAUGAGAAAACUAGUGCAACUUACAUGUCAU